AUGGCUGCAAUGAAGUCAAGGUCGAGUAGCUUCUCUCGCAAUGUUGCAACUGUGCCUACCCCUCAGAUACCUGGACUGAAGUGCGGACCAAAUGGCACAAUGUUUGUUUCAUCUGGAAUACCAGAUCUUGAUAAGAUUUUAGGAGGUGGCUUUCCUUUGGGAAGCUUAGUCAUGGUGAUGGAAGACCCUGAAGCACCUCAUCAUAUGCUUCUGCUAAGGAACUUCAUGUCUCAAGGGCUUGUUCACAACCAACCUCUUCUUUAUGCCAGUCCAUCAAAAGAACCCAGAGCUUUUCUUGGUACUUUGCCCAGUCCAAUAUUGUCUAAAGAAGAUAAACACCGUGAUAAUGAUAUAGAACAGGAGAAGGGGUUAAGGAUAGCUUGGCAAUACAAGAAAUACUUUGGUGAACAGCAGCAAAAUUUUGGGGUUCAUAUGGGUAUGCUCCUUUAG